CGCCUUUUUAACGCACCGUUGUGUUCUCUGACCGGCGCAUGCGCAAAUCUCAAUAUCAACAAACGUCAACGCACGUGUGCCAAUGGCGGAAGAUGCUGCGAUUAGAAACUUUCGAGAUUUCCUUCUAAUAUACAACAGGAUGACCGAGACAUGCUUCCGACACUGCGUGAACAACCUUAAUUAUCGGGACCUAACGCCGGAUGAGAGCGAGUGCGUGGAUCGCUGUGCCGGCAAGGCAAUAAGUGUCAACCACAGAAUGAUGUCCAUCUACAUGGAAGUCCAGCCAGAAAUGAUGAAGCGCUCUAUAGAAGCACAGCAACAGCUAAAUGCACAACAAAGUGUGGAAAGCCCGAGUUAGUACUACGUAAUGUUAUUUUAUGGGGAACUGCAGUCACAACAGCAGCAGUUUGUGGAAUGCUGGGCAGUGUAGUAAUCCUAUUUCAUGUGGAGUUCUGUACAGCGUAUGGGUGUCACCAGAGGGGCCAUGUGGCUAUUGGUGUCAUUGCUAGUGGUGUUUAACUUUCUUGUUGAUCCAUCUCAAUAAAUGUUAAUGGCUCUUGA